AUCAAGAUUAAACCCAACAGAUGGAUCAGAUCAACCACUACAUUAAAGGAAGACCGGUCUUCCCUUCCAUACCUCAAUCUCCUCGAGACCUGCACUAUGCCAUGGUGAUGUUAGGAGGUGGUGAUUGUGGUGGUAUGUCUUUUAGAUCUGAUUCAACCAUGGGUAUGUCAACAACUUCGGGCCUUAGCGGCGAUAGCGGUAGCGGUAGUGGUUUAUACAUGGAGAUUGGUGGAAGAUGGCCAAAGGAAGAAACCCUAGCACUUCUUGACAUCAGAUCAAGGCUCAAUUUUCAGUUCAAAGAAGCUAAACACAAGGGCCCUUUGUGGGAAGAAGUUUCAAGGAUAAUGUAUGUGGAGCACGGGUAUAAAAGAACUGGGAAAAACUGCAGAGUGAAAUUUGAUAACUUAUACAAGUAUUACAAGAAGAUUAAAGAGGGGAAAGUAGGGAAAGCUGGAAGACAAGACCCGAAGCAUUACCGAUUCUUUCACCAACUACAAGCUAUAUACGGGGAGACAAGCAGCACUAGUACCAAUCUCAAUGCUAGCAAUGUUUCAGUCACUAAUGCAACUUUGCCUCCAUUUAUGGAAGAAAAUGACCAAGCAGUUACCAAGAGAAUGCUGGGGAAGAAGCGUUGGAAGACCGCGAUAACUGACUAUAUUGAAACAAAAAUGAACACACUUAUAGAGAAACAAGAAAAAUGGAUGGAAAAGGUGAUGAAUACCAUAGAAGAAAAAGAACAUGAGAGGAUUUUAAAAGAGGAACAAAGGAGGAAAGAAGAGGCUUCAAGGUUAGAGAUGGAAAAAACGUUCCGCUCAAAUGAACUAGCAUGGAUGCAGUCUCGAGAUUCGACUAUAAUGGAAGCUUUGCACAACAUAACUAAAAAUGAAUCAACAAUUGAGACUUUGUGUACCGAGAACUGUAAUGAUCAAAUCCCAUUUGCCACUGAUUGGGUAGAACAUGAGAUUACACAACUGAUACUACUAAGAAGUGGGAUGGAAACAAGAUUUGAGGAAGGUGGGCAUAUGGAAAAUGCUCUUUGGGAAGAAAUUUCUUUAACGAUGGCUGGUUUAGGUUACAAUAGGAGUGCAUUGAUCUGCAAGGCUAAGUGGGAUCAUAUUAAUUUUCUAUUGAAAUACAAGAAACAAAAAGGAAGCUCAACUUUGUAUUCUGAUCACCAUAAUCACAUCUUUCAUCAGGCAGGUGAAAAUUUUGCCGCAUUGAAUGCUCAACACGAUGAUUGUGGGAAUAGGGUUAUGAUGAAUGACCCUGAGAUGAUGUGGAAUUACAACGGAAACAUAUAAGAAACUUUAUGGUGUUUUCUUGAUUAUGGAAAUCGUGUGACUAAAAGAGGAGUUGGUGUGCUAAUAACCUUGGAAUAUAUUAUUUGGUUUGGAUUUCAA